AUGGCCGCCCCGUCGCGCGAAGGCUCCAAGCCCUCCGUCAAUCGACAGACAACCACCCCCUUUCACCUCAAACUCUUCUACCGCGUCAAUAACUUCCACCACCUUUCCGACUACAAUAUUUCGGGGCCAUCGCGGCGCGGUGGCCCCGUCAGUGGCCCGAAUGCAAUCCGCGCUGCCUCCCCUCCACCAGCUACCGCAAUACUUCCUCCACACCUCGAGAUCUACACAUGGCAAUCGUGCACGCUACGCGAACUCUCACAGCUUCUCACAUCUGCUCUUCCCUCGUUACUGCCCGACCCUCCUGUGGGAACCCGCCUUUCCUUUCGUUUGAUCUAUCCGGAUGCGCGAGCUGCCGCAAUGAUGGGCCCGGAUGCGCGAGGUCGAUACUUGAGCAAGGACCUGGGCAGUGUGAUUGUCGGUCCCAGAGACAGUCCCUACCGGGGCGAAGAGGAUGCAGAUGAUCAGGCGGAGGCACGACCUCGUGCUGGCACGCUUCGAUUCCAAGGCUCCGACGCCGAUAAAGCCUUACAAGAUGCUCGUUUUAUCAUUGGAGACUAUGUUGAAUGUGCCAUCCUCCCUCCUCUUGAAGAUGGAUCGGUCGCGCCCCCUCUUCGUGGUGCCGCUGGCCCGCCUCCAAUGGGAAGCGGAAUGCGAGCAUUCCGGGAGAACGGGUUCGGUGGCCGAGGCGGUCGUGGAAGCUAUCGUGGCGGUGAUCGCGGUGGGCCUCCUUCUCUUCCCCAAGGAGAUUGGAAACGAGGCGAAAGACUUCCGGAGGGCGGAGGCCGAGGGAGUGGUCGUCGAGGAUGGGCACCUUAUUGA